AGUGCCACGUUACAGACACCUUAGUGCGUCACGAUAUUUCGAACGUGACUGGAACAGUGAUCGAAAACCGGACCGUAAUCGUGUUAUGUGGAACACUGUGUUCUCGAAAAAGUGAUUCGUUAUCAAUUCCUAUAUUGGAUGUUUAGCUGAAUUUCUUGGCGUUAAGGACGCAAGAUGCUGAAGUGGACGGUCUCGAGAUCGUUGUCGACAACCAGUUCGACGCCUCACGGUCCGCCCACCUUGAACAAGGCACCCCGCCGGCCCUUUCGAGAUUUGUCCAACACACCGCCAACCUCCGCUAGUUGCCGAACCAGGCAAGUAUCUACUCAGAAUGUGUCAAAUACGGCCAGGACGACGCCGGCUCGACGCAGAAGAUGCAGAAGUCACGGAACCGACUUGAGGACGUAUUUUCAGGCAUCAAAGCCGCAUUUGAGAUCGAGUAAACGUCAAUCCGUGUCGCAGGGAGCGGAGAAUUCAGCGACGUCCGAAAGCUUUUAUCAAAGCACGCCAGUGGACACCGAUAUCGGACCGCUCACGUAUUUUCCACCCGGUAGCAAGUGUUCCACCGCGCUUACUCUACCGACGGACCCCACGCUCUUCAUGAACAGUCGCACCAAAAACUUCCAGAGCGACAGCGAGUUGCCGCAGAACAUCGUCAACGAGGCGCGAGCGAAUCUGCAGUCGCACGUGUCUGAUUUUUUUCAACAGAUCUCGAUGGCCACCAGCCCCGAGGACGUAAUGGAAACGGAUUCGAUGCCCCUGGGGACGAAGACCAAGGUCUAUUCUCAGAACGGCGAGCAAAAGACGCGAUCGGUGAAAACACCGUAUCUGCCGAAGCUGGCGAAGAUCACGAAGAUACAUGCGCGAUGUCGGACGCCCUACCAUACGAAACUCGCUCAGGCAAUCAGCCCCUUCAAGCUAAAAGCGGUUCAAGGACAAACAUCGUUUAUCGGCAAGUUGUCAAGUCUCACUAUAGAUCAAGAUUUGCCAAAGUACGAAAACAUGGAUAACACCGUGACGGAAGUGCUUCACAGAGAACAGGAGAUCAAUUUUGGAAGCAAAACCGUAGCGGAGAUUCUUCUAAGCAACGCCGAGGAAAGGAAUAAGAUCCUGGAAACGUACGACAAGCAAUCCGAUUCAAAUAUGACAGAUCACAUAUACGAGACUAUUCCGGAGCAAGACGAGGUGGCGGAGGAAGAAUCGCCCGCGCGCAAUGACAGUUCCAUAUCGUCGGUCAGUCAACUCCUAGAAAAUCCCUCGCCGGCGUCCUGGGCCUUUGCGUCGCCGUUGAACGAUCUCGAGGGUGAGUUCACGCUAAAGAGACAACGCGGCAUUCGCCGGAAACGUCCGCGAAAGGACGGCGACAAGGCGAUGGACGAUAAACGGAUCAAGAGAAUGUGCAGUCCUUCGGCAAAUAAGGAUCAGAAUACGCUAAUCGAGGCAGUUAAUCCGAAUGUGAAGAAACUCGUGUUAGAGACGGAUCUGGAUUCGACAUUAAACGAGAAGCAUCCACCAGUCACGAAGGCGUUCUUCUGCGAUGCUAAGGAUCGUAAAGAGGAGGAUAUUAACAGGAAAGCCGGUUUCUGGAGUCUUGAUAGUCCCAAGUCGUCUAUGAUGGACGAUCUGCACAGCACGAAAUCAUUCGCCACUUCUGUAUCUACAACACCGGAAGUCCCCUUGAUCGCCACUGUCAGAAGAUGCUUGAAAUUUAGUCCCGAGAGUGAACCGUCGAUGAGAUUUAAUUGUUGCGGCUCGAUUGAAAUCGAGUGCUCGCUUGUGGCGGAGCAUAUACAUGUUCGAGUAAUAAGGUGCAAGGAUCUGAGGCGGGCGUACGAGGGGCCGGUGCACGCGUACGUCAAGGCGAGCUUAAAGAAUAUCAGCGGUGAGGGGGUCGUCAAGAGGACUGCAGUUCACCGUGCCACGCCGAAUCCAAUAUUUCGCGAGACUCUGAUACUACCCUGUCCGGCGUACAACAGUCACUGCACCGGUCACAGGCCCACGUCCCUGGACAUCGCCGUCUGGCACAGGGAUCGUCGUGCGAGACGUAGCGAGCUGCUGGGCUGCAUGACUCUACCUCUGCCGCUGUCCCAGGAUAAGGAAGCAACAUGGCACCCUCUAGAAUCCGGAUCCGUCCGAAACACGAGCACCCCUUUCGCGGGUGUACCUCAGGACUGCGUUGUGUCGCCGCCAUUGUCCAAGGAUGGCGAGCUAGAUAAUAACAAUUCAGGGACGGACGAUUUGAUGUAUCUGAGGCACCUGGAAUUGGAACCGGUCGAUCCACUAACAGGCAUACCCCUGCACCCGGGUUUCACCGCGAAGGGCGGCAGAACACCUUGUACUAUUACCAGAAGCUUGAUAAGAAAAACUUCAGUCAAUCAGAUUCCAUGGGGUUUUUCAUUAUCGUGGGGCAGGCCACCUCGGGUGGAGCGCGUGGACCCGGGAAGUCCGGCGGAACGUUCCGGCUUACGGCCCGGCGAUCACGUAGUCUUUGUAGAGACGACGAACGUCGUGACACGACCGCGGGACGAGAUCUUGGGUCUUAUCCAGGCCGCCACGAAUCAAUUGGUGCUGGAGGUGUAUCGCAAAGGGAGCGCCCAUUCGUCUGCCAUCCACAGACCCAGCUCGGUCAACACCACCUUUCAGAACCCCUCCGUCGCCGGUCCCAACAGCCAACACACGGUCACGUUUACUGCCGAGGUCUUCCCGUCUCUGGCACCUGACGCAUCACCCGAAGAAGAAUUAAUUGUACGCGAGACCAGGUACUGGAGCAUCCUGAAGAACGGCCACGCGCGCUUCAUGGCCCCGCUGUGCGAACGACGCGACGUUCUAUCGGCGACGGACUAUCUGAUUCUAUUCCAGAACCUGGACGAGCUGCUCAAGCUAUCCGAGGAGAUCAGGGACGAGGGGGGCGGUGUUGACAGCUAUCUCUGUAGAGUUCCUAAAAUCACAGCUGCCUACCGAAGAUACCUCAGUGGCCUACAACGUGCCUGCUGCCUCCUAGUCGCUCUCAGACGGAACACGGCCUUCGCCAAGCUCGUCUGUGAGCCUGCCGUGCCGCACAAACGUCGCCCCGAUCUCACUGGGGUGCUACUCCUACCCUUAGAGCAUUAUAGAGAAAUGACGAGAUUGUUGGGUCAGGCGUCUCCGCGAAAUUGCCAACAAGCGAGGGAUUUGGCUCACGGCUAUAGAGAAGCUACAGCUAACGCUGGUGUUAUGGAGCCGCCGCGAGAUACCGGAAGACCUUUGCUGAGUUUGCAAGAGGUGGAAUCUCGACUAGUAUUUGCAAGAUGUAAGCCGUUUACCUUAGUGAUGCCGGGAAGACAAUGGCUUUUCGGCGGCGCUCUCGCUAAGGUCGAAGGUCGGGCGCGUCUGCAGCCGUCCUGGGCGCUGCUACUGACCGAUCUUUUGGUAUUCGCGCGGGUCUCGCGAGACCGCGUGCUCUUCGUCACCGAGGAACCUCUACGAUUGUCUAGCAUCGCCGAGGCGUGCUUCACCGUGCGAAAACGACCGACGGAGUUUCGGUUACAGGUUUCCGUAAACCCGAACGGCAGCUCGGAGAACGGCCACGCCGAAAUGGUGAACAGCGGCGGUUGCAGCCCACACAGUCGACCUCGAAGACGCGUUCUCAUCUUUCGAGCGCCUACUGCGGAGCUUAAAGCCGUCUGGCAUAAUCUUCUUCAACGGCAAAUCAUCUAUGUGAAUACAGGCUGUGGCUUGAAUUUGUCGGAUCAGGACAGCCCGGAAGAGAGUCCGAUUGUCGGUAAUAAUUUUGCCACAAUUAGAGAAUCCACGGGAAGUGCGCAGACCGUGAGAGAGCCUCAACAACGUGACGAAGAGGAGAAGGAGUCGCAAUCCGGCGAAAGCCUGGAUACGAUCCUGAAGAACUCUCGGGAGAACAAUCACCUGGCUCAGUGGGUGCGCAAUUCGCAUCAGAUCCCUCCUCCGGAUAACGAAAGCUCACUGGAGGAAUGGACGGCGGAGGAAUUGGCGGCUCGAGCACCUCGAGAAAGUAACAGCAGGUCGACCAGCCAGGACACUGCGACAGAAGAGAUCGCGACGGCAAAUUCCGAUGCCGAACAACAAAGUACUGCGUCGAGCGCAAGCCUAAGUACUGUAAAAUCGAAUAACAUGACGCGGAAAAACGGCAAUUACGUGUCUUCAAAGGAGAAUUCAACGAGCUCUAUCAGCAUUUGCCGAAGGUGCCAUAGAUCGGGUUGUCCUACUCCACCAUUACAAAGGGAUCCGUUCUCCCCGUUACCCCCGAAAAUUUCAGUUCUUCCACCGACUCCCGAUCUCUGCACGAGACAUAGAUUGCGAAAUGGGCUACACGAUAGCCCGGGUUGUAACAGUCCCAGUUACACGCCUGCGGAUGGUAACACCGAAGAUGGCAGCGAGGACGACCUCGAUUGUGACGGAGAACCCCCUUAUAGAGCUCUGAGGCGAUUCGGUACGAUGAGCAGUCUGGAUCAAGAUGAUGAGUUGGACGAGCAAGGAGAAGACGACAACCGGGACUUGGAAUCGCCGCCGUCCGGCCUGAGAGCGUGGACCGCUCGUGCGAGCAAUUACGUCGUCAGCAAGAUGGUUUUAUUGGAACAGCUCAGCGAGGGUGUCGGUGGUUAUCUUCUUCAACCACCAGUACCCCCGGAGCGAACCGAGUUUUCAUUGGAUCCUAACGACGAGGAGGGUACCACGUCCGGGGCUACUUCCGGCGACGAUAUAUGGGGCACGCCGACCUCUGGCGGACCGGACGACGAGAGUUUCACCGCUAAUUCGCCGCCACCGAACGGCUGUAGCAGCGGAAAUGCAGUAGUGAACACCGGCGAGGACAAUUACGGCCUAAAUCUGUCGGCGGAGGACGAUGCCGAUCAGGAAUCGGAGAACGAGGACUGCUCGCUGCCAGAGCUGAGUAUGGACCAGCUGCUUGGCGGCGGCGGUAGUCUAGGUUCGUUGCGCUGCUUCCUGGGCAGAAGACGGCUGGAACCGCUGCCGGAAGAGGAGGACUCGCCCGGCAGUGGCAAGCACCAGGUCGGAUGGUGGUGACAGCGGUUUCAAACGACGUCCAAGUCGAGCGUCUGCGGAAUUACGGAGGAGCGCGAUCGCGUCUUCGCUAAGCUCAGCCAGGAAGACGAGGAGUUUCGCCGCAAGAUCGUCGAUCUGCAUCGCAAGCUAUCGGAUGUGGACACGGACGUAAAUUAUGAACCGGAAACAAUCAGUUCUCCCGGCUCCAAGAGCUCCAGGGAGGCUGAACGUCUGAGGGAAUUGGAAGCUGUCGCGAGAAGAGCGGAAGAAACGAAUUCUCGAAACGUCGAAGAAAUGAACGCGGAAAGGAGACGAGAAGAGAUACAAAAGGAAGAAGUUGCCGAAGCGAGCGACAAGCGAAAACAGAGAAGUAAAAGACAGAUCGAGCAGCUAAGACGGUCAAAGAGAUUCGAAGAAGAUUUCGACGAUCAAAAUAGUAUGAGUCCAUCCAGCAGCAGCGAGUCGAACUUUCUGAAUAGACUAAGGAUAAAAAGACGGAGCAUGAAGCUGCUGAGUUUUCUGAGCGGAAAAGCGGCGGAUCGCUCGCAGGAGGAAAGAGCAGCACGAUUGUUGAGGAUGUAUAUGCCGGACAAAGGUGGCUCUAGAACGACACAGAAUACAAUCUCUAUUCAUCACACGUCGAGGGACCGGCGCUUCUGGAAAUUGCGCAAUCGAAGACGAACCAGUUCCGCGUAAAUUUACAAGAGCUGUGAUGUAGAUGUCGAUUUACUCGUGGAUCAAUUGUUAUUAUACAGUGAAAAGCUGUGGCCAUUGGAAAAAUCAUUUUUACAAUGAGAUAUGGUUAUACAAUAAUUGUAUAUCGUUAAAAUUACAAACAAAAUGUAAUAUUAACGAUUAAUUUAAUCUGAAAUACUGAAUUUAUGUAAAAAGUCGCAUUAUAUGUGUGCGCGAUCUAAUUUGAAGAAUGAUUAUUAAUAUAUUGAAAUAUUAAUAAUAUAUCAAAAUUUAAAUAUAUAUUAAAUUAUUAGUAUUUAAUAUUAUUGUUGAUAUAUUGAAAUAUAUUAAUAAUAUUAGUAUAAUCAGGGAAGUAUAAUGAUGAUAUUAAUGUAAUAGUAUAGAUGAUAAUUGGUUGAAAAUUUGCAAGUAUAUUUAAACAUGGCAUUGUAGGAAUUUAAUAAAAUCUGGCACACGAGUAAAUCGUCAUUCAAAAAAUCGUAUCGUUAAAAAGCAAAAGAGAUAGCGAAAAGAAAAAACGCAGAAACGAAAGAGGACGGCAAUUACUGUCUCUCCAUUACUAGGACUUCCAAAACAUUCGCGUUACUGAGACUUUUUAAAUUCCCCUCGAGCAUAUACAAGGCCGAAAUUGUUUUCAUAGAGCGGUAGUAAUGAAUACGAAUAGCUGACAUUAGAUUUAACUACAGUUUCAAUCUAAUUCACUUCUUAGUAUCGCAAAGACAUAAGAUUCGCAAGGCGACGAAGGUAAUUAGUCAUCGAGUGCGAUUUCCGAAUCGCGCUAUUAGUAUAUUUGCUAAUCUCGGAAAGACGGAACGUCCUCUGGACACGGCCUACAAUGGAUUGUUUCCGGAUCGUUUGACAACAGUCAAGAUCGGCGAAUCUCGCUCGCGAAGUCUAGUCUCUUUUUCUGAAAUUCUUUUUUGAACACUGUAUCUCUAGGUCCGCACGACUGACCCAAAGCGGCACUCAUCUUUCACUUAUUAUACUGGGUGACUCGCAAUAAGAUAUGUUGAUAUGUCUUGGACGACAUUGGAAUCACUUUGCGUCAAAGAGUUGAAAUAAAUAUGAAUCGACUCUAAAACGAGAAUAUAACAAUAACAUAAUCUUAAAUAUAUUUUAAGAUUACAUUAUUAUUACAGCUGUGCCAUUAUACAAUAAUAAUUUAUACACAAUCUUAAAAAAAUAGAAUUUAAAAUUAUAUUGUUAUAAAUUGAAAAUGUAUUUGAGCUUUUUGGCUAGAGUGAAUCAGAAAAUCUAUGAUUGAGAAAAUGAAAUCUUAUUGCGAGGCAUCUUAUAGAGAUAUCUUGCUCUUGCCUAUAAAGUGUCCCAAACUCAUCAUAUAAAAAGAAUUCAUAUACUUGCAAAAGUCAUAGAUUCUAAUAUAAUUAAAAAUAUAUUUCAAAGAGAAUUUGAAAAUAUUAUUUUAAUUUACUAGUAAUUAAUAAUAUUAAAUAUUUUAUAAAUUACUCUUCCAAAAUAAGUAUCUCUUAAUUUAAUAAAAUUAAAAUUGAGAAAUUUUACAAGAUCUUAGGCAUAUGGGACACUUUAAAUAAAUUAAGAAUUAAAUACUAAAAUUUUAACAUUAUUGUUAGUAGGUUGUAAACUGGUCAAUUGACCGCAUAUGCAAAAUAUAAAUAAACUAUAUUAUUUGUUCAA